GAGCACAUCUGCGGCUACACCCGUGUUACAGCUGGUCUGGACAUUCCGUGGGUGAUUUGAACUCAACUUGCAGCGCCCUUGGAGCUACUGAUCUCCGCACGUACGCCACCAUGACUACCUAACACAAGCGCGUUCAUACAACAGUCGCUAUCGUUACAGUCUGCGCCGAUGCCAUGGAGUCCUCAAAACCAAGGCCGGAGCUAAGGGAGCGUGGCAGUUCGGCGACAUCCAAGACGACCACAGCACAUGAAAGCCUCUACGAGAAGCCGGAGGAGUCCGAGCGGACGUCAUCUGUCGCCGCCAGCCCUGAGUUAUCACCUCAGAAUGACGCUCUAACGAACAACUUCAAGCCAGAAGCUGAUCUCGAUAAGCUGCCUGGGGUAGGUCAGCCCCGUGCAGAGACCGAAUCAGUCAGAUUCGGUGGCGAGGAAGAGGACCCCACCAUGAGCAUGGAGUUCAAGAGACCCGCAAGCCCCCCCACUGUCCACAAAGUCAAAGAUGUCUCGUAUCAUAAGGUCGGUGAGAAUGGUAUCUGCAGGAUGCACAAAUUCUCGUUGUACGAGACAAGUACACGAUUCUACCUUGUUGGAGCCGAUAUCAUGGAGGAACAUUAUCGCGUGCUCAAGAUUGACCGAACGUCGCCGCCAGGCCUUCUAACCAUCUUCGAAGACGAUAUAGUGUAUGAGAAGAACGAGAUGUUCAGGCUACUGGGAACGAUUCAGGACGGCAACAAAAGCACCGGAGGCAUGAAGCUCAAAUGCAGCACCUGGGGAUUGUUGGGUUUCAUACGGUUCACCGAUGCUUACUACAUGCUCUUGAUAUCCAAAAGAGCUCAAGUGGCGAUGCUGGGUGGACACUAUAUAUAUCAAGUCGACGGCACCGAGAUGAUACCGCUUACGACAGGCUCCACAGCACGGUUUCAGAAGGAUCGCAAUCCGGAAGAGGCAAGAUUCCUGGCAAGUCUCGCAAACCUGGAUCUAACGCGUUCGUUCUACUUCAGCUACUCAUACAACAUCACGAGAAGCCUUCAGCAGAACAUCAUACACGAACGCACUGCCUUGAACAAUGGUAUCGAGAACCCUGAGCGCGAUUAUCAGGACAUGUUUAUCUGGAAUCACUAUCUUCUGGACCCCGCUCGCCUUGCGUUGAAGAACGUCUAUGAUUGGUGCCAUCCAGUCAUACACGGAUAUGUAGAUCAGUCUUCUCUCGACGUGUUUGGUCGCAGGAUCUACAUCACUAUCAUUGCCCGGCGAUCGCGACACUUUGCAGGAGCUAGAUUUCUGAAGCGGGGUACAAACGACCUGGGAUAUGUCGCUAAUGAUGUAGAGUCCGAACAGAUCGUGUCCGAAGCGCUAACCACUUCUUUCCAUGCGCCGGGGCCACGCCUUUACACGAAUCCGACAUACACUUCAUAUGUACAGCACCGUGGCAGUAUACCACUCUUCUGGACCCAGGAUAAUACAGGUGUUACGCCGAAGCCAGACAUCGACUUGAGCCUUGUGGAUCCAUUCUACAGCGCUGCCGCUCUCCACUUCGAUGACUUGUUCGAACGAUACGGCGCCCCUAUCAUUGCUCUGAACCUGAUAAAAGCACGGGAGCGGAUGCCCAGAGAAUCGAAACUACUGUACGAGUACGAAUAUUGUAUUGACUAUCUCAAUCAGUCUCUACCCAAUGACAAAAAGAUACGAUACGAGGCAUUCGAUAUGUCCCGUGCCGCAAAAACGCGAGGUCAAGAUGUCAUUGGAACUUUGGAGAGUCUUGCUGAAAAGGUCAUGCAAGAGACCGGUUUCUUUCAGAAUGGAGACGAGACCAGCGGCACAGCUCAGGUCCAGAAUGGUGUGGCCAGAACAAAUUGCAUCGAUUGUCUUGAUCGCACGAACGCCGCCCAAUUUGUAAUCGGCAAGAGAGCCCUCGGUCGACAGCUGCAUGCGCUCGGUGUCAUCGCCGGGAACACCGUUGAGUAUGACUCGGACUGCGUGGAGAUGUUCACUCACAUGUUCCACGGCCACGGAGAUACUAUUGCGAUACAGUAUGGUGGAUCCCACCUUGUCAACACAAUGGCUACGUAUCGCAAGAUCAACCAGUGGCAAAGUAGUUCUCGCGAUAUGGUGGAGAGCUUCAAGCGAUACUACCACAACUCCUUUCUCGACUCACAGCGCCAAGAGGCAUACAAUCUCUUCCUUGGCAACUAUACCUUCCAUCAAGGUCAGCCAAUGCUGUGGGAUCUGACUACAGAUUACUACCUCCAUCACGCUGAUCCACGCGCAUACCUUGAAAGACAGAGACGAGACUACAACAAUUGGUUCACUCCUUCAAACUUAGAGCCACGAGAACUACCGCCCUCGACGAAUCUGACGACAAUGCACAGCCAGUGGCUGCAAGCCAAUAUUGGUUUUCGAGAUGACUACUUUCUUGAAUAUUAUCGGCCGCUGGCCUUAUCGUCGUUUCUCAAGAUUUUCGCCUUUCGACUGGCAUCGCCUAAUCGGGUUGCGCGCGACGGCAGAGACGGUCUCAUGCCAGCACGCCUUGAAGACAUGUCGCCUUUCGUGCCUCGCAAAAAGCAGCAUGAACAGGUCUCUCAACGCAAUCUUGCAAAGAAGGGCCAGCGGAAAGGCGUGACGAUUCUCGAUCCAGUAAGCGAGACGGGCUCGCGACAAGGUAGCAUUAUGGCUAGGAGACGUCACAACCUACAGCUUAGCGUACCCGAUACAGCCUCUGUUAAGCACUCCAUACUUCGAGAUCCACACUUCGAAACAGAUAUGCCAUCUUCGGCGCCUGCAGUGACAAGCUCGUUCCCAUCGCUUGCGAACUCCAUGUCCACCUCAACUGGUUUGGCUUCCACUGUACGACCUGGCUUCAAGCCUGCUGACAAGACGCUCAUCAAUCAAUGGACCCUCGAGCAAUUCUAUGACAACAGCAUGAACCCAACUGUGUCCGGAGGCGAAGCUGAUGAGUACGAGCGAUACAUCGAACACCCACUAAAUCUGCCGUUAGUCGUUAGUAGCGAGACGCCAAGCGCAGACGACCCAUCCGCCAUGGAAUACUACGAAUACCUAAGCAUGACUGAAGGACCUCAACCCCCAACCGAGAACGACGAAUCCAGCAUCACUCCCUACGGCCUGUCCCGCCUCGACACAGACGUUAUGUCCGUCCGCUCAUUCCAAUCCUACUCACGCCCCGUGACCUCAGCAUCCGUCAGCACGCCCUUCUCGCAUGCCCCAACAUACUCGUGGCCACAGAGUCUCAAUCCGCACCCGCACAUCUACCCUUCCUUCACAGACGAGGCACUACUGACAUACGCGACGCCUGGCAAGUUUCAGACUGCGGAGGACGAUAUUGAGGAGUUCGAGGAGUAUCUUAAUGUCAAGGAGAAUCCGCUAGAUGUGGAGGUGGAGGAUGGCACGAAGAAGAGGUAUAAGGCGUAUAGACAAUGGCUGAAGGGGAAAAGCUUCUUCAAGCAGAGUAAGGUGGAUCCGGAGUGGCAGAAUCAGUUGCCUGUUAGGUAGUGAGCGACGUUUUUGGUUGCAGUGGCGUUCUAGCAUGGUGAGAGGUGUAGGUAGCAUUGCAAUUGGAGUUGUUUGGUUGAAGUUUUGAGUUUAU